AUGUUGACUUCAUCAUUAUUGUUGCUUGCCUCUCUCGGCGCUGGAAUUGCCCAGGCGCAGACCCUCGAGGAGCUCUACCUUGAGAAUGCGCCCUCUUCGCCGCGCCCCUACGUCAUUCCUCACUAUGCGAACUCGCAUUCUGUGACUAUUGGCAGCCAGCUGUACCGUUUCACCGUCACCGGUCCAUCGUCUGACAAUGCUUUCACUCUGAUGAGCACCAACUCGCCCUCUAGUGGCGACCUUGGUGUCCUGCCUCAUAUCCACCGCAAGCACUAUGAGAAUUUUUUCGCGUACAAGGGCCGCUUCCAGCUCUGGGCUCAGAAGGGUGAUGGUGAGCAGCAGGCCCGCCUCCUCACUCAGGGUGACUAUGGCUCUGUCCCCAGAAACACCACCCACACUUUCCAGACGCUGGAUCCCGAUUGCGAGAUGGUUGGAGUGAUCUCUCCCGGAGGAUUUGAGGACCUCUUCUAUGCCCUCGGCACUAACUAUACCUCUGGCACCGACACUCCCUUCGUGCCCCAGGCUAGCAACGGCUCUUCGAGUCCCAGCGCCUCCGUCAUCUCCUCUCUGCAGAAGUAUGAUGUCUACGCGCAGCUUUCCUUCGAACCCCGCCGCGAUCUUGUUAAUGGUACUGCUCCCGUUGAUGACAGCGAGUGGCACACUGGCGCCAACGAGCUAGGUACCCCCGGUGAGCCCUACUUCAUUGCCAACGGCUACGGGCCCAAGUACCUCAACUCCAAGUACGGCUACCAGAUCGUCCAGCCUCUUGUCACUCCCAAGCAGUCUCAGGAUACCAACUACACUCUCUCCACUAUGAUUCUCAGCCGCACUACUAAGGCCAGUCCCCCUGAGUGGACCCUGAACGGCGCUGCUGCUUUCGAGGUUCUGGAGGGUGUUCUUUCUAUCAAGAUCGGCGAUUACCCUGAGGCUACUCUUUACAACGGUGAUGUAGCUUUCAUCCCUGCCAACACUGCUUUCACUUAUUAUACUUCCGUGGCGUUCACCACUGUGCUGUAUGUUAGCAGUGGCUCUAAGGGUGUCGACACUCAGUUAAUCAGGGGUGGAAAGAGCUGGGAUUAUACUACCUUCCCCAAGUACUGA